AUGGGGUCCACUGAUUCUGAGAGUGAGGAACUGCUCUCGCUGUUGAUAGAAACGAUUGUUCAUAUAAACGAUCCCAAUUUAGCGCCAACUAAUACUACUGCAUCAGCAUCGUCAUUGCAAACUCUCAAGGGAGACAGACAGCUAAUAUACCCUGAAGCAAUUCUUCAAGCCUCGGAAAAGGGCAAUAAGAUAUAUGCAUCGCUCCAAAGUACAUCCCCAGAAUUUAUUGACGAACCUUCCACUGCCACUUCAAUACUUAGAUGGCACGACCUGAAUUUACAAGCUGUGCAGCAGAUCAUUGUCGAAAGUUGGUCGCAUCAGAAAGUACCGGAGAAACAGAGUGUAACCGCACAAAGCACAGCACAAAUAAAACGAGCGGGUAUCGGUUUAUUCAGCUGGGCAUCAAGCGAUGCAUAUGUCAAGAGUAGAAAAUUCGAGUUGCAACUUUUACGUGGUAAUAAAAAUGGUAAACUGGUACAUCUGCCACUGCUUUCCCAACUGUCGCUGCUAUCAAAGCUGUCAAGUUUGUCACAACAACAGCAAAAAGAUUCUAUUGAAUCAACUGAUGAUAUAGAAAGCUCCAAUGACAUUGAUUUCAAGAAACAAUCACUACAAAGUAGUCUCAAUCUCAAAACACCUUCUAAAGGAGUCAAUAACAAGCUUUCAAAAGUGAUAGAGAAAGAAUCGGGAAAGUUUAUGCACUACCGGAUCCAAGAUAUUCGACGAAUACACACAGAAAAGCUUUUGCAACAGAUCAAUGAGCGAAAAAGAAGAGACUACGAAAGUUAUUUGAAAAAGCUCAAGCUAAAAGAAGAAGAGUACGAAAAGUCCUUACGAGAAGAGUCGCUUCUGCAUAGCCACGCCAAAAGCAAUUUUCUUGGUAAUUUGUUCAGUUUUGGCCAAUCAAGUGGGAACAAGCGUGUACCAGAGCAGGUAACAGGUACUCUGGAAUCAUUUAAGGACGAAGGUGAAGUUUUUGGUGGAACUAAAAACAACUUGAAUCCAAUAACGGGGCUACAAGCUCUUUUUUCCAAACCUGGUGCCAAAUCAGCAACUGGAGAGAACAGAAAAAUUAUGUUUGACGCAGAUGAAGCCGACGAGCAAAAUAGUGUUGAAGCAUUUGCGAAUAAUGAGCAAUCAUUUACCAAUUCAAACAAGGGAAGCACUUUGGAAAAUGAUAGAGAUAGAGAUCAAACAGGCGAGGAGUCGGAAGAAGAUAAAGUUGUAGAACCCGAAAAUCUACCAAUUAACAUCAAUAUUUUGGAACAAUCACUCGGUCUAGAAACGAGCCACAAUCAGCAACAAGAUACUCUACAAAACUUUCAACUACUGAAAGUGGAUGGGAGGAGUGAUGUUGAUGUUGAUGUUGAUGUUGAUGGUGAUCGCAUUGGUGAUGUGGAUUAUGAUCGUGAUGGUGAUGAUAAUGAUGAAAACGAUGACGAUGACUUCACAGAUUUUACACUGGCAUCCCCUUCCAUCAAUGAAAGCUCACAAGUUCUGCAGCUGGUAUCUCCUAACAAUGUUCCUAGACCUCGCAAGUUCAUGCAAGUGGAUGAUACAGUAUUAAUACCCACUUCAACAUUAUCCCCAAUGCGAACUUCCCCAGCUCCAGCGGACGAUGUGAAUCUUUUAGACUUGUGA